ACUGGGAGAACUAAACUAAUAAUUGAGUCUGCGUUAAUUUUAGUGUGGGCGGGAAAAAGGCAAAAAAGAAAAAAUGGCAACAGAGCAGGAAAGAGCAGAACUAGACCGAAAGGCAAGGGAAGGAGAGACAGCGGUUCCAGGCGGAGCUGGUGGAAAAAGUCUUGAGGCCCAGGAACACCUUGCCGAGGGGAGGAGCAGAGGAGGGCAGACGAGGAAGGAGCAGAUUGGAGAGGAAGGGUACCAAGAGAUGGGACGCAAGGGAGGCUUCAGCUCGAGCGGCGCCUCGGGUGGAGAGCGCGCUCAGGAGGAAGGCGUCCCAAUUGACGAGUCCAAGUACAAAACCAAGACCUGAAUUUGAAGUUGAUGAUGAUACUAUACUUGAAGAAUGCAUGCUAGUAUUCUAACUUUGGUUAAUAUAUAAAGGGAUGUUGUUCCAGCUUGUUUCAUUUGUAGUGUUAUACCCAAGUAUGUAGUAGCUGCUAGUUUCACCUAGUUUAUGGUUUGGGGCUGAGUUCGUGUCAUAACAGCUUGUUAUUUUCUUACAUCUGCUAUGUUUAUGUGGCUUUCGAGUUGAAUGUUAUCAUGUGUUUUAGCUAUGAGGGAGCUUGAUAUCCAAAUACAGGAGUUUGUAUGGUUUU